ACUGCAGGAUGUUUUAAAUUUAUUAUUAAGAAAUUCUCCGCCGUUGUUGGUUCUAAAAAUGUGUAUUUUAUAAUGAAAGUGACGUUCCACAAGCCGUUGAAAUUCAAGAAAUUUAGUAAAUACAUCCGAUUUGUGAGCGAGGGGAUAAACCCACGUAAACUUGGAAAAAUCUUCUAUGAAAGAAACGUAAUAACUAUAACCUUGAUUUGAGAUAAUUGGAAAUGGUCCCCAAACAUCAGAAUGAACAAGAUAAAGCCGUAAAUUGGCUACAGUUACAUAUUAAAGCUGUUCCAAGAAACCUUAACAUAUAUAUGCCAGAAAUAAGUUAUCCCUCUUCAUCAUUUAUGUAUGGCUAAGAGUGAGCUAGAGAACAGAUGGUCUCUUCAUGGAGCCACCGCUUUGGUGACCGGUGGCUCCAAAGGCAUCGGGCAAGCGAUAGUUGAAGACUUGGCUAGACUUGGGGCAAAGGUUCACACAUGUGCUCGGAAUCAGCAAGAACUUUAUAAAGCUCUGCAACACUGGCAAAGCUUGAAGCUUGAUGUCACUGCCUCUGUUUGUGAUGUUUCUUCGCGAGCUGAGAGAGAGAAACUAAUGGAGAAAGUCUCUUCUUUGUUCGAUGGAAAGCUCAACAUACUUAUUAAUAAUGCAGGGACGAGUAUAUUUAAGACAGCUCUCGAGUAUACAGAAGAAGAUUAUGGAUUCGUAAUGUCUACGAAUUUGGAAUCAGCUUUCCAUUUGAGCCAAUUGGCACACCCACUUGUCAAAGCCUCGGGAGUCGGUAGUAUUGUGUUCAUAUCCUCAGUUGCAGGUUUAGUGGGAAUUCCUGAAGGAAGUGUUUAUGGUAGCACUAAAGUUGAACAUUACUUCAUGCAUGCAUGGUGCGUUACUAUCUCAAGAGCAAUGAAUCAGCUAACGAGAAAUCUUGCUUUGGAAUGGGCAAAAGACAACAUUCGAGCCAACUGCAUCGCCCCCGGAGCAAUAAUAACUCCAUUGUUGCUAUCUUAUUAUGAAGCGAAAGGUGGCCGUAUUCCUAAAGUAGAAAAUAUGGGAAUUCCACUAGGACGUCCAGGCGAGCCGCUGGAGGUGGCCACAGUAGCAGCUUUUCUGUGCAUGUCUGCAUCUUCUUAUAUCACCGGACAAGUCAUUGUUGCCGAUGGGGGACUGACUAUGAGUCGCUUUGUUCCAUGAAACUAAUUAUUUUCCUGAUUAGUGCAUGGAUUUGGUUGAUUAUCCCCAGCUGUUCUUCAUGAAUUUUGUGUUUUUCAUAAAUAAUUGCGUUGAUGUGUGUAAUCUGUGCUAAAUAAUGGGGAAUUUAUGUUAAGAAUAAUGAUAUUUUUCUUGA